AUGCUCACUAUUCUCCGACGCAGGUGUUGCGAGAAGGAUGGGACUCGCUGGGCCAACAAAGGAAUUGAUAUCAAGUGCUCUGCUGGUUCGAGGGUAUAUGCGCCUUUUCCUGCUAGAGUUCUCUAUUCGUACAGGCCGUCCUUGAAAAACAGGAGACCGCAUAACGUUGCGAUUCGCCUGCGAGGAACUGGAGCAUGGAAAGGUAAAACAUGGACAUUAAACCUAACAAUUGAUCAAAGUCAGAUGUUUUGAAAUUCAUCUCAUUUUUUUCGCUGAUUUUUGAAUGCAAAACUGGAAAAUCUUCCAGUAUUACAAAUAUUGUAGUCUCAUGGAUUGCCUUUUAAACUAACACCUUUUGGCUUUUUAAUCUCAAAUUGGCAUCUGCCCACAGAUCCCUUCUAUGUGGAGCAAAGUCUUAAACAAACCAGUAUUGUAAGUUCAGAGCCACCACCAGAAAUUUUCAAUAACACUAAAACUUUCACAGUGGCCUGGAUCAUACCUCAGUUCACCUCCUAAUUCAUUUUAUAAUAAAGUUCGGAUAUAACGCGCGCUGUCAUUGGUUGAAAGAGCGUGCUCUAUGAGAGUAUAGAGCAUAGAGCUGAGCUAAAGCUGUCACGCCAUCUGCCAAAUUGUACUAUGUUCGACCUUUUCCGGGACUUCUUUUUAGCUUUUUUCCGAUAAUUGAAAGUGAAAUUUCGGAACAAGCCAGCCGGCAAGUGGUAACAGAAGAACCAAAGAAAGGUUUGUAAACAUACCAGGCGCCGUUAUUUACGUUAUUAAAACGUGGGCAGAUACGAAAAUCCUCAAAGGAAAAACAAAAUAGACAUUCCGAGUUUUAAAGAUUUUCACGCUCAGUUAGAUUGCAAGCUUACGUACGAUAAUGAAAAUCAAACACAGCCAACACUCGUAUAGUAUAUAAAGUUCAGAGUUCAAAAACAAAACAAAACAAAACAGAAAUGAUGAAAAAUAUAACCAAACUGGCAUAACUGUUAAAAUUCAUGCUAAUCAUGACGGUGUCUGAGCAAAUAUGAUCAUGCUGAAGUCCAUCGUGGCUCGCUCAUCAUGGCGAUCUCCGGUCAUCACAGUAAAGCAAGCCUCAGAAACUACAUCGGCCGCCCUUCGAGUGAAGAAAUAAGAGCUCGCUCUGAUAUCCUUUCCAAUGUGUUGAGUGGAAAGUCACUUCAGUCACUGCAGCCGAGUUUUGCGGCGCUGUCAUCCUGAGCGAUCUUCAUGUUCCAGUGAAUUCGGCUGUUGUUCAUUUAAAAAACACUCGCCUUGAACAGUUUGUUUUCUACCUUGUCAUGUGAAAAACCCGCGUGUUUUUAUGAGCCAUAAUUCGACUGAAGUUCACUGAACAUUUCACUUCAAGAUUCUGAAUUAAAAACUUCAGGCAAAAGCGUUAAAUUCGACCUGCCGAAUUAUUUUAGUUUGUAAAACUAUCACAGAGUGUGAACUUUGAUGGUUUUUGAACUUUGAUGGUUUGACACUUUUGACAGCUUUUGUCUUCUACAGCCAAUCAGAUUAUUUGAACCAUUCUAACAGGGAUUCUGAUUGGCUUAUUGUAGCGUGCUCUAUGAGAGUAUAGAGCAUGCUGACGACACUGUUCUUCGCUUUGGAAAUAAAGUUUGUUUUGAAAAUUGAAAGUAAUACAUAGGGAAUUUAACGGAUUCUUUAUUAUAAAACAAAUAGAGAAGCCUUGACUGUGCUCUGUUCUGUUAUAAAGCACUUAGGAAGCGGCUAGAGCACUCAAGAAGUGGGAAGAAACACUCGACUACGUCUCGUGUUUCUCCCUACACUUCUUUCGUGCUCUAGCCGCUUCCUGCGUGCUUUAUAACAGAACAGAGCACAGUCAAGGCUUCUCUAUUUGUUAAUUAUAAUAAAGUUCGGAUAUAACGCGCGCUGUCAUUGGUUGAAAGAGCGUGCUCUAUGAGAGUAUAGGGCAUAGAGCUGAGCUAAAGCUGUCACGCCAUCUGCCAAAUUGUGCUAUGUUCGACCUUUUCCGGGACUUCUUUUUAGCUUUUUUCCGAUAAUUGAAAGUGAAGUUUCGGAACAAGCGAGCCGGCAAGUAGCAACAGAAGAACCAAAUAUAGGUUUGUAAACAUACCAGGCGCCGUAAUUUACGUUAUUAAAACAUGAGCAGAUACGAAAAUCCUCAAACGAAAAACAAAAUAGACAUUCCGAGUUUUAAAUAUUAAUUCACGCUCAGUUAGAUUGCAAGCUUACGUACGGAAAUAAAAAUCAAACACAGCUAAUACUCAUAUAGUAUUUAAAGUUCAGUGUUCAAAAACAAAACAGAACAAAACAGAAAUGAUGAAAAAUAUAACCAAACUGGCAUAACUGUUAAAAUUCAUUCUAAUCAUGACGGUGUCUGAGCGAAUAUGAUCAUGCUGAAGUCCAUCGCGGCUCGCUCAUCAUGGCGAUCUCCGGUCAUCACAGUAAAGCAAGUCUCAGAAACUAUAUCGGCCGCCCUUCGAGUGAAAAAAUAAGAGCUUGCUCUGAUAUCCUUUCCGAUGCGUUGAGUGGAAAGUCACUGCAGCCGAGUUUUGCCGUAUCCCGAGCGAUUUUCAUGUUUCGGUGAAUUCGGCUGUCGUUCAUUCAAAAAACACUCGCCUUGAACAGUUUGUUUCAUACCUUGUCAUGUGAAAAAACUCGCGUGUUUUUAUGAGCCAUAAUUCGGCUGAAGUUUACUGAACAUUUCACUUCAAGAUUCUGUAUUAGAGACUUAAAAACUUCAGGCAAAAGUGUUAAAUUCGACUUACCGAACUAUUUUAGUUUGUAAACGAUCGCAUAAGGUGAACUUUGAUGGUUUUUGAACUUUGAUGAUUUGACACUUUUGACAGCUUUAGUCUUGUACAGCCAAUCAGAUUAUUUCAACCAUUCUAACAGGGAUUCUGAUUGGCUUAUUGUAGCGUGCUUUAUGAGAGUAUAGAGCAUGCUGACGACACUGUUCUUCGCUUUGGAAAUAAAGUUUGUUUUGAAAAUUGAAAGUAAUGCUCGGGGAAUUUAAUGGAUUCUUUAUUAAAAAACAAAUAGAGAAGCCUUGACUGUGCUCUGUUCUGUUAUAAAGCACUUAGGAAGCGGCUAGAGCACUCAAGAAGUGGGGAGAAACACGAGACGUAGUCGAGUGUUUCUCCCUACACUUCUUUCGUGCUCUAGCCGCUUCCUGCGUGCUUUAUAACAGAACAGAGCACAGUCAAGGCUUCUCUAUUAAAUAGGUCAUCAAGUUUCCAAGAAGGAACAAAGGGGAUAUGAGAGGAUGGGAUGACACAUUUCUAACGUUUCUUCCAGGUUAUGGUGUGAGGUUGUUUUUCGUAAAGAAGAGAGCUCGCAAUGGACGUUACGUUUCUGCCGGAACCUUCAUUGGUUACAUGACCAACAUGGCGCCCGAGUAUGGCUACGGUAUGACUAAUAGUGUUCAAGUGCAGGUUGACAAGAAUGGAGUGACAAUCAACCCAACUAAGUUUUUUUGUUAAGGUAAGACUCUUCCCCUUUCUUCCUCUCAGUAAAGCAACGAGUAUAGAUCACACUCAUGACCGCGCGUUGCUCUCGACUACGUGCCCGGCCUAAGGUAGAGAUAUCCAAGCUAAUUUACGCCGACACAGUGGCACAUGUCCACACCUGGGGAUUGUAUAGCUUAGAUUCGAGAUACUUAUGAUGAAAUUACAGUAACACACGGAAAAAGUCUACAACAAAUUAGUGAUAUCUAUAUUCUCUGAGAUUACAACGCUUCAUUGCAGUCACUACACGCUGCCAAGAUUGCAAUGAUGAUAACUUAAAAAAAAGGUCCGAUACGAGGAGACCCGUAACAGAGUUCCUUUUUGGGUAAACUUUGAGAAUGAGAGAAGUUUGAAUAACCUGUACAAACCUCUCUAACUAUAAGAUUACUGAUUUUCUUAUUCCUUUUGUUUUUUGUAUGUUAUGUCUUGCAGUCUAUGCACCAGGAGAGAAGGAUAACGUAAUGUAA